AUGGAUGUCAUCCGACCAAUUGAGCCAAAAGCCUCUAAUGGACAUCGAUUCAUUUUGGUCGCAAUUGAUUACCUUAUCAAAUGGGUGGAGGCGAUCACUUUCAAAGUAGUCACGGAGAAGGUGGUCGUGGAUUUUGUCCAUUCGAACAUCAUUUGUCGAUUUGGUAUCCCGAGAGCUAUCAUCAUAGAUAAUGCUGCAAACCUUAAUAGCAACCUGAUGAAGGAGGUAUGUGAGCAGUUCAAAAUUGUGUACCACAAUUCUACUCCAUAUCAACCAGAAGCUAACCAAGCUGUGGAGGCAGCCAACAAGAUUAUCAAAAAGAUUCUCAGAAGGAUUGUUCAAAGCAAUAGACAAUGGCAUGAGAAGCUACCUUUUUCACUUUUAUGA